GCGUGACUUGUUAUUCAUAUUAUAAACAGUGUUUGUCGUAUUUCAUUAAAAUAAUAAUCUAUAAAAUAUACAUUUUAGGUAUUACAAAACAUUCAUUUAACAAUAUCUAAAUAUAUAAUGUGAUCGAAUUUACAACUAAUAAUAACAAAUAUUCAAGAAUAAAAAAAAACUUACCAAUGGCAAACUCUGAAAACUUUAAAUGACUCCCGUAUGAAUGGGGGAGACUCAUAAACAUGGUUAUUGGUUGUUUUUCAGCUUGCUUAGGAAUAAAAUUAAGAUUAGAACGCUUACAAAUGUUUUGUUUUCAGAAAAUUAUUUAUAAAGAUACUAGAUAUAUUUGUCAAUAGUAAAUAAAUAUGUUUAAUUCAUGUAAAUAACCUAACUGUUAGCGUCUGCGAGUGAUUCUAGACUAGUGAAGUUGUUAUUGGAAAUAAAUAUGAAUUUUACGUAAAUUCUAUGAUUUGUGUAUCCAGAAUGGUUGUUGGAUCAGCGUCUUACCCUGGAAGGCAAGUGCUCCACAAGAUGCAGCCGAUGGGUAUGACUCCUCGCGAGCUGUCCGAAUACGAUGAUCUAGCAACGGCUCUAAUCGUGGACCCAUAUCUAGGCAUCACGACACACAAGAUGAAUAUCCGCUAUAGACCUUUAAAAACAAACAAGGAAGAAUUAAAAAACAUUAUAAAAGAGUUUAUUCAUACACAGGAUUAUAAUAAAGCUUAUUCAAAACUAGCCAAUGGUGAAUGGAUACCUCGACAUUUUAGUAAAAAUAAACAUCAGCAGACCAAGUUUCGAGACCAUAUUUAUCGUUAUUUACGAAUUUUUGACAAGAAAGCGGGAUUUGUUAUAGAACCAUGCUAUAGAUAUUCAUUAGAAGGCAGAGUAGGAGCAAAAAUUUCAUCAACAAAAAAGUUUUUCAAACAUGAAAGAAUAGAUUUCUUAGUUGGGUGCAUAGCAGAAAUGACUGAAGAAGAAGAAAAACAAUUAUUACAUCCUGGAAAAAAUGACUUCUCAGUUAUGUAUAGCUGUAGAAAAAAUUGUGCUCAGUUAUGGCUUGGACCUGCUGCUUAUAUUAAUCAUGAUUGUAGACCAACAUGUACAUUUGAAGCUACAGAUCGUGGAAAGGCAUUUGUUCGAGUGCUGAGAGAUAUAGAGCCUGGUGAAGAAAUUACUUGUUACUAUGGUGAAGAUUUUUUUGGAAAUAGCAAUUGUUACUGUGAAUGUGAAACUUGUGAAAGAAGGGGAAAAGGGGCAUUUUCAGUUGAAAGUUCACAUAAUGAUGAACAAUCCACAAGAUAUAGAUUUCGAGAAACAGAUAACAGAAUAAACAGAACAAAAGCAAAGCAGGUUCAAAAAUCAUCAAAUGUAAAAAAUUCUGAUAAGACUCGAAUAUCCAGUAGGCAAAAUUCUAGUAUAGUAUCUCCUCUUAGUAUGAAAGAAAUGAAACAAAAAGGCUUAACAAAGUAUGAUGCAGAAUUAUUGAUAGCUCAGGGUUGCAUAGCUGAUGUUUUAGAUGGCACUACUGAUAAAGAAGACAAAGGGAGCAGAGAAUCCUCCACAUCUAGUAGGGGUGAAAGGUUACGAAAAAGGACAGAUAGUAACAAAACUAUUAAUGGUGUACAUGGCACAGGAAAACGCAGAGCACCUCCUUCUCGUUGUUGUAGCACUGCCAGUUCCCGAAGCAGUAGAGAUUCUCAUUCAGGAAUUGUGCUAAGAAGUCAUAAACGCCUUCUUGAUACGUGCAUUCAACCCAGUUUCCCUAAGAUAAAAAAUGGAUCAAAAGUAGGUUCAGACAUAAAAUAUGAAAGAAAUGUGAAUACACCAAAAGAAGAGGCUGAUUUACCUAGCACUUUAGAAAUUUCCAAUUUUGACAUUAAACCCGACCUACCUAUUGUAAAUGAUAAUGAACACAGUUCAGAUUUGAAUUCUUUUGUGUAUACUGAUACCCAUUUAGGUGGUAAGAAUUGUGAUAAAAAAGAAUCUCUAACUGAAACAGACCUGCCUAUAGCUACAGCGACAGAGGAUAAAAUAGAAAUUAUAGAAAGUAAAUCAAAGGUUCAAAAAGAACCUGAUGAAAUUGAUUGUACGGUGAGAAAUGAAAAUUCGUCUUUAAAGAGUGGAAUUGAUUUUAGGGAAAAUGUAAAUCCAAGUGAGCCUAACAAUAGUAAAAACAAUAAGGUUCAAAAAAUAGAAAUAAGCAAUAGAAGUGAUGAGUCAAAAAGAGAAGUUGAUUCUGGACCUCCUUGGUUAGUGGAUAAUUCUAAUAAAAGCAGUGAUUGCCCUUGUACUCCACCAAGGCGUGGAUUGAAGUUGACAUUACGUGUAAAACGAAGUCCUGUUGUUGAAGAGGUAAUGGAUUGUGGAGCACCUGCUGAAGCACCAGAGUAUGAAGUUUUACGAUUAGAAGGUGUCGAUCCCGAAACUGCUAGACGCUUGAAGAAACGACGUCGAUCCAAGGAACGACAUCGAAAACAUAGUCCUGUCCGUCCUCUGCCUCCAAUGAAACGCCUAAGAUUAAUUUUUGGCAACGAAAGUCGCACUAUCGAUUUGCCUACAGCUUUAUCAGCAGACUGACAGCCGCAACUACCUUAUUGUUGUUUCCACCGUUAUUUUCAAUAAUUAGUAUAAUUAUCACUGACUAGAAUUAUUUUACCUAGUAUUUAUUUUGUGAUGUAAAAUUUGGAAAUUUGAGUAUUGUGUGAUAGGUUUUGGAUUUUAUUUGAUGAUUCCAAUAUUUAUUAAAUCCAAUAGUGAAAUAA